AUGGGGGCUUUCUUGAGGGAUAUAUUAACCAAGCGGUAUUCAGUGCAAGAGAAGAACAGGGCAGUCGUCAACAACAACCUCCUUCCGCCCAACUGCAGCUUGGACUCGUGUCUCGGCUUGACCGGCGAGAUCACCUGUAUCAUUUCAGCUAUUGCGAGCGGCGAUCCCACUGCUUUGCAGAAAUGUCUUUCGAAUGGAGUCAGCGAGAUCUGCACUUGCGCUGCUUGUAUCCCUCUGGUAGCUAACGUUCUGUCUGCACUGGGCCUUUGCUCGGCGACGAAUUCUACACUUACUCCUCCAGUGGUUAAUGCUUGA